AUGGCGCGUAUAGCAUAUUUCUUUGGGGCUCCCCAAUCGACAGGCCAACGUAGACGAAAUCGUAUCGAAAUACAGGAGGAACCAACUAUUAAUCAAGUACAUCCACCUAGACAAAAUGUUGUCGAAGGAGAAAUGGGGGCAUUGGUAAAACAACAAGGAGUUCGACAACAAAUCCCUAAAGAACAGCCUAGGAGGGUAGUCGUGGUUAAUAGGGAACAAAAUGUAAAUGAAGUAAUUCAAAUAGUUAGACAAGAUAACAUGGUGGAAGAAAAUAAUCUAAAUACCAUGAUCGAUAGGAUUAUGGCCAAUAAUGGCUUGAAUACAAGGCUUCGACGUCCUAAUUAUACCUCCCCUAUAAUGGAUUUUAUCUUACAAACAGAGUUACCAAGAGGUUCCAAAGUUCCCAAGUUCACAAAAUUUUCAGGAGAUACUAGUGAGUCAACCGUAGAACACAUAGCUCGAUAUUUAACUGAGGCAGGGGAUUUGGAAAAUAGUGAAAAUCUAAGAAUCAAAUACUUCCCUAGUUCAUUAACUAAGAAAGCAUUUACUUGGUUCACCACCUUGCCACCAAAUUCUAUAGAUACAUGA